CUCUGUGUUGUUUACCAUAAAUACAGCUUUGCAGAAAAUUAUGUUUUUCGUUUCUGUAAAUUGCAUCUACAUAURUUUCAAGUAGCUCCGACCAAAUUCUACAUUCCGAUGACUUAAAAUUGCAUACCACUGUAGUAACCUGAGAUUUUUAAUCGCAACAUUUGAUUGGCCACCUUGUUGUCAUGGUCUUGUUCUCAUAACCAUUGAAAACAUUUACUGGGCGGAGUAUCACAUUCAAAAUCGCACGCGCUCAUAACCUGACGUGAACUUAAGGAACUAUACAAUGAAAACCACGAGAUUAMGUUUCUUGGUGCUAAUGAUCACGUUAUGUGCGUGUUCAACACCAUUCCUGCCGUGGACGCCGAUCGAUGCAGCCAACAUCUUGGCGGUGCAGACGCACGGCGGCAAGAGCAAUUGGAACAUGAUGCGGGCCGUACUACGGGCAUUGACUGACCGCGGCCACAACGUGACCGUGUUUACACCGUUUUUGGACGGCGAUCGUCCUUUUUACACCGAGGUGGACGUAUCUGACGCCAUGGUGAUGAGGGUCGGGAUGAACGUAUCGCACUUUAAAAGUUUUCAGUCUACGCGGACGAUGAUCGCGUUCAACUUGAACUCUACCCGGAACAACUGCGGAACCAUAUUCGAACAUCCGCGGAUGCGAGAACUCUUCUUGGACAGCCGAUCGCAUUCAAUUGAAGUGGUGGUCGCCCAUGCGCUCAUUUCGGAUUGCGUGUCGUACGCGGCCACCGUUCUCCGCGUUCCCGUCAUAUACGUCGUCCCACCGCCMAUAAUCACGUACACGGAACGUUCAUUCUUCGGUCACGUCGCCAACCCUGCGGCCGUCUCUAACUUGCUGUUCCACCGUAGCGUUCCCAAAAAGUUUGUCGAUCGUUUCGCCAACACGUUGCAAACGAUUUACGUUUCAUGGAUUUUGUGGCAAGAAGAUCGCCGGUUACGAGAAUCCGAUCCCCGGCCGUUCGAUGCAGUCGAUCUGGCCAAACCGUCGGUAAUUUUCACYAACACGCACUUCAUCACCGAACCUUCGAGGCCACUGACACCGGACGUCGUGCAAAUCGGCGGCAUCCAUCUAACACCGCCAGGACCGAUACCAAAGGACAUAUUGGAAUUCAUCGACGUAGCGCCUCAUGGUGUGAUUUAUUUUACGUUAGGCUCGACGAUUUUGAUGACGUCGUUACCGGAAAAUGUUCAGAGCGCGUUACGAGAAGCUCUCUUUCGGGUUCCGCAAAAAGUACUGUGGAAAUACGAAGGUGAAAUGACGGGUAUACCAAAAAAUGUGAUGAUACGGAAAUGGUUUCCACAACGGGAUAUUCUCUUGCAUCCUAAUAUGAAACUGUUUAUCAGUCAUGGAGGAAUAUCUGGAGUAUACGAAGCUGUUGACGCAGCUGUGCCUGUACUCGGGUUUCCACUUUGCUUCGAUCAACCGAGAAAUAUUGAUAAUCUGGUCGACGCUGGGAUGGCGAUAUCUAUGGACUUGUUUUCCGUCACCAAAGAGACGUUUUUAAAUGCUAUUUUGRAGAUUGUCAACAACGACAGGUACCAGAAAAACGCUAAAAUCACUUCUGAACGGUUCAAAGAUCGACCCAUGUCACCUGCAGAAUCUGUGGUUUACUGGACAGAGUACAUUUUACGUCAUAAAGGAGCAUCACAUUUAAAAUCUCACGCUCUUAACCUGCAGUGGUAUGAAUAUUUUUUAAUUGAUGUAAUAAUCACAUUUUUAUUCAUUUGGUUUAUUGUCUAUUUCAUAAUUUAUUACAGUUUAAAAAUGAUUUGUAAACAYAUUUCAACAUUAUUUAAUAGUGUCAAAGAAAAACGUGAAUAA